AUGGAAAGUCGACUUUUACCAACUCAGCAAUUUCAACAACAUAAACCGGACGAUGAGUGCAGAUGUUCUCCUAUUAAGCUUGCAGCUGCGCGAGGUGAUCUAAACGAAGUACGGCGGCUCUUAUCCCAAACAGUGGACCCUAAUGAGCCCCCUAAAGGCUACUAUGGACAGACAGCCCUUCAGGCUGCCUCUUAUAAUGGGCAUCUCACCGUGGCUAAGAUACUGUUAGCGGCAGGGGCAGACGUUAACGCUCCCGGAGGAAACAAUGGUGGCAGAACAGCGGUAGUACUGGCCUCUGAAGCGGGCUAUCUGAAUAUCGUUAGCCACUUAGUCUCUGUGGGUGCAGAUAUCAACUACCCACCCCAUCAGUAUAUGGGCCGAACUGCCUUACAAGCAGCCGCCGAGGGGGGCCAUAUCGAGCUCCUACGAUGGCUACUCGAUCAAAGCGCAGAUGUUAAUACGCCUCCGGCGAAGAAUCGGGGCCGCACCGCACUUCAAGCUGCUGCAUUAGGAGGUCACGCCGAUAUCGUGGAAAUUCUCCUACACCAUAAAGCCGAUGUGAAUACCCCCGCCGUAAGGUAUCACGGCUUUACGGCGCUUCAAGGCGCGGCUUUUAGAGGCCACUGCCGGAUUGUCCGUCGAUUGUUAGAUGUAGGGGCCGAUGUGAAUGCUCAAGGCUCAUAUUAUAACGGGUAUACGGCGCUUUCAGCGGCGGCAGAAUGCGGCCAUUAUGAGAUUACCCGGAUGUUGCUCGAUGCUGGCGCAGAUGUCUCCGCAACAUCAGGAAAUAAAAAAUGGACAGCGGCUCAGAUUGCGACUUUCCGAGGGCAAAAAGCCAUCACGGAGAUUUUCCAACUGAAUAAGCAGACGAAUAUAGUAUAA